AUGGACGCGGCGCUGAGCGAGGCCCUGCGGCGGGGCAACCCCGUGGUGUUUUUCGACAUCUCCAUCGGCGGCGCGCCCGUGGGCCGCCUGCGGCUGGAGCUGUUCAAGAAGGACUGCCCGCGCACGUUGGAUGUAAAAAUACUGACGCGUUGCUGCUGGGGCAGGAAAUCGGAGCUGCCCGUGGGCUACAAGGGCUGCAGCUUCCACCGCGUCAUCAAGGACUUUAUGGUGCAGGGCGGAGACUUCCUCAAGGGCGACGGCACGGGCCGGAUCAGCAUCUACGGCGACAAGUUCGAGGACGAAAACUUCAUCCACAAGCACACGGAGGCCGGGCUCCUGUCGAUGGCGAACAGCGGACCGGGCACGAACGGCUGCCAGUUCUUCCUCACGUGCGCGCCGUGCGACUGGCUGGACGGCAAGCACGUGGUCUUCGGCAAGGUGCUGGACCCGGCGUCGCUGCUGCUGCUGCGCAAGAUGGAGAGCGUCCCGGUGGGCCCGAACAGCAAGCCCAAGCUCGGCAUCACGGUCACCGAGUGCGGCGAGCUGUAG